AUAAUUAUAUUCUAUACUAAUUAAACUACAACUUUUUUAUAUAAAUUCAUCAACUUAAUGUCAAAUUCUAUUUUCUUUAUGCUAUUUUUCGUGUUUUAGUUAUCUAAACAUUGAGAUUAAUAAAUUUAAUUUAUAUACAUACAUAUAUAUACAUAUAUUCGGGUUUUCAAAAUGGGAAGGAGUCCGUGUUGUGUGAAAGAAGGGAUGAAUAGAGGAGCUUGGACGGCAAUGGAGGAUAAGAUUUUGAUUGAGUACAUUAAUGCUCAUGGUGAAGGAAGAUGGAGAAAUCUUCCUAAGAGAGCUGGUUUGAAGAGAUGUGGAAAGAGUUGUCGAUUGCGGUGGUUGAAUUAUUUAAGGCCGGAUAUUAAAAGAGGCAACAUUACUCCUGAUGAAGAAGAACUCAUCUUAAGACUUCAUAAGCUUUUGGGAAAUAGGUGGUCACUCAUAGCAGGAAGGUUACCAGGUAGAACAGACAAUGAAAUCAAGAACUAUUGGAAUACCAAUUUGAGCAAGCGAUUGAAUGCAACCAAUGAUCAAGCCACUAACCAUAACCCAAAAAAAUCCCAAAAUGAUUCGACGAAAAAGAGGAAAAAAUCAUCAAUCAUGGACACACCGAAGCCAUCCAAUGUACAAGCUAUAGAGUCUAAUGUAGUUCGGACCAAGGCAGUCCGAUGCACCAAAGCUUUUAUAAACCCGCAACCACAAUCACAACCACAACUACAACCAAUACACACAAACAAUAUUACAUUAAAUGAUAAUCAUAACUACUCAUGGACAAGACAAGAGGAAGAGUAUAAUAAAAUGUCAUCGGAUUUUAUGAUGGAAAAUAAUGUUAAUAUGGGGGAUUUUAAGCUAAUAUCAGAGCUACUUACAACGGAUUUAAUGGAUAUAUGUGAUUUUGGUAAUGAAUCUAUGAGUGGUGGUAGUGAUUUAUCAUCUAAUUCUGAAGAUGAUCCUUUUAUUUUCUCUCAAGAAUUGCUUGAAGAUUGGCUUGGAGAUAGCCAACUUAUAUGACUAAUUAUGUUUCUUGGAUUUAAUUAACUUGUAAUAAUGAUUGUUAUUAUUUCUUAAUCAUGGUUGCUUAUAACGUUA